UCAAACAGCUUCUUCUUCCUCUUUUUCUUCUUUUCCUUCUUUUUCUUCUUCUCCUUAAUGCCAUUCCAUCCCAAUCUAGAGCAUUGACAUCGAAAAAAAAAAAAAAAUUCCUAUGUUCAAUACUAGAACCAUAUUGAAACCUAGAGAUGGGUCUACACUGCACUCACACACGAGGCUUAGAUUGCAUAGCAUUUUGCAUCUUCUUCAUUUGCAUCUUAGAAGAACCUGUUGCAUCGGCGGCGGAUAAAGUCUCAUAUGAAGUGUGCACACCCCACCAUUGUGGCGGCAACCAUCGUGUGAGCAUAAGCUAUCCCUUUUAUAUUCCCGGAGGAGGAAGAGAAUUGUGCGGUUACCCAGGAUUUGAGGUCUCUUGUGAAGGAACAAAAACUAUGUAUGGUCACUACUCAGUUAAAAGCAUUUCCUACGAGGAGAAUUCCGUCGAUUUAGCAAUCCAAGGGGAUACUUCUUGCUUUGCUCCUUAUCCCUUCACUUACCCUCCCAUAAACAUCUUCCUAAACAAGAGUUCGUUUCUUCAUCCUAAUCUCUGGUUCUUCAUUAAUUGCACAAGCUCUUCGUCUUUCUCCUUCCCUACAUCUCCCGUGAAGUGUCCUUCUAACGCCACAUACAACACUUCUGUUGCGUUACUUCCAAAUGGCACCUUCCCUCGACAAAAUGGAUCCUGUGGGUUAAUCUCAGGGGUACCAGUACAGCUGGAGGGAGGGCUCUUGAAUCGAACUAUCAAAAAUGUCACCUACAAAGAGUUGUUGAAGAAGGGGUUCCGGUUAAAAUGGGAUUUAUUAACGAUGAAGAGUUGUGCUGGUUGUGAAAAAAGUGGAGGCCGAUGUGGACGAUCACAAUACACAGACUUUCUAUGCUAUUGCCCACAUGGAACCGAUCAUCCCAAGGACUGCAAAAAGGGCGGCGGAAAAAGGCCGUGGUGGAAGAUAGGACUAGGUGCAUCAGUUAUUGGAAUCGGAAGCUUGGCCAUCAUCCUUUUGUCCUGUAUGAUCCACUUGAAAAAGAAGAAUGCUUCUUUGAAGUUCCGUUUGAGGAACAGCACCUCAUAUCCUCAGUCCAAUUCAGACAUGGAAGAGAGCAGUGUCCACUUUGAAGUCUCCAUUUUCAACAGUACCGAACUUGAAGAAGCCACAAAUAACUUCGCUGCUUCCAAUGAACUAGGAGACGGAGGUUUUGGAACUGUUUACUACGGAAAAAUUCGAGAUGGGCGGGAAGUAGCAGUGAAGCGCCUACACGAGCGUAACUAUCGGAGGGUAAAGCAGUUCAUGAAUGAGGUAGAGAUCCUAACCCGUUUGCAACACAAAAACCUCGUGUCUCUGUACGGUUGCACUUCUCGCCACAGCCGUGAGCUUCUACUUGUCUAUGAGUACAUCUCGAAUGGCACUGUUGCGGAUCAUAUCCAUGGCCAGCGAGCAAACUCUUCUACUACGUUGCCUUGGCAAAUCCGUAUGGGCAUUGCCAUAGAGACUGCUACUGCAUUGGCUUACCUCCACGCUUCUGACAUUGUCCACCGUGACGUGAAAACAAAUAACAUCCUUCUCGACAAGAAUUUUGGGGUUAAAGUCGGGGAUUUUGGGCUUUCGAGGCUAUUCCGCAAUGAUGUCUCUCAUAUCUCGACAGCUCCUCAAGGGACUCCAGGUUAUGUGGACCCCGAGUACCAUCGGUGCUACCAGCUCACAGAGAAGAGUGACAUCUAUAGCUUUGGAGUUGUUCUGAUCGAGCUUGUGUCAUCUAAGCCAGCUGUGGACUUAAGCAGAGAAAGGGACGAGAUUAAUUUGGCCGACUUCGCUAUUAACAAGAUUCAAAAUUGUGCGUUUGGCGAAUUGAUCGACCCAAAUCUAGGAUUUGAGUCAGAUAGCGAAAUCAAUAGGAUGACAACUUCGGUGGCCGAGUUAGCUUUCCUGUGCUUGCAACAGGACAAGGAAAUGAGACCUCCAAUGGAUGAGGUUUUGGAGGAACUGAAGGCGAUUGCAUGCAAUGAGAAUGCCGCAGACAUAUUUGCUUAUGUGGAUGAGGGUGAAGGUGUCCUUGCUCCAUCUCCUUCGCAUUACGACGAUUCCCAGCUACUGAAGAAUAUGCAGUUGACCCAUUCUCCAGUUUCUGUGACUCAAAAAUGGGGUAGCAGCGGCAGUUCUGCUCCUGUUGUUGAUGGUUAGAUCAUCCCUGUAGCCUCUUGUCACAUGCUUUGCACACACGUCAAUGCAACUGCAAGUGAGCAGUCAUAUAUGUUGAGAUAUUACUGACUUGAGUGCUGAAGAUAUGGACAUGGUAACAAGGCGUUAAUGUCAAUCUGGCUUGCGCAUUAUAUUGAACCAUAUAUAGGUUUUUUAGUUUAUCUGUUGUUUCGUUACCCCUUAAAAGUACCCAAGACGAUACAUGAAUAUAUUAGUUGGCUGAAAAAAAAAAAA